GGAAGAAAGAGGUUCAAUACAGGAGAUAGAAUCUAGAGAGUCAUCUGGAGAGGAACAGUUAGUGGAAGGAAGUAGACUUUUGACAGAGACAUAUCUAAUCCAAAGAUUGUAGCUCCAUUCAGGAAGAGAAACAUGACAUUAUCAAAAGAUGGCAGUAAGGCUGCAGGAAUCUGCCAACUGCCUUAAAUACUCUGAUAAGAAGAUGAUGGGCCCUCCUACCAAAUAGAAAAAUACAAAAUGACUCAAACUAUGAAUUAAAGCUAAACUAGGCCACAAAAUAUCGAGCUCGGCGCCACAGGAGGAGCCUCCAUAGCAACCAGCAGCAACAUGGACGACAUGACAGUGGAACAGAUGACCAUUAGGGCCAACCAAGUGACCGAUGAGUCACUGGAAAGCACGCGGAGGAUGCUGCAGAUGGCAGAAGAGAGCAAACAGACUGGUGUCAACACCAUGGUGAUGUUGGACCAACAAGGAGAGCAGCUGAGUCGUGUGGAGGAUGGCAUGGAGCAGAUCAACCAGGACAUGAGACAGGCGGAGAGGAACCUGACUGAUCUCUCCAAGUGCUGCGGCCUCUGUGUCUGCCCUUGUAACAGAGUGUCAUCAAUCGAACAUGACUCCCGAUACAAGCGUACUUGGGGUAUUGGAGGAGGAGACGGUGAAAUUGAUGCCAAUGGAGCCAAAGUUGUCAUAAAGCAACCCUCGGGGGUUCGCAAUGGUCAGCCGGGGCAGAUGAACGCCCCUGCACCGUCCGGACCUUACAUCAAGAGGGUAACAAACGACGCGCGAGAGGACGAGAUGGAGGAUAAUCUGCAGACAGUGGGAGAUAUCGUCAGUAACCUGAAAAAUAUGGCUGUGGACAUGGGCAGUGAGAUUGACAAACAAAACAAACAGAUUGACCGCAUUACUGACAAGGCUGAUAUGAACAAGGUUCGUAUCGACGAGGCAAACCAGAGAGCCAACAAACUCCUCAAGUGAGAGCAGGAUGGACAUCAUCACGUCCACUCGGAGUCCACGUGGACACACACAUACAGUACUCUCAAACACACACACACACACACACGAAAGACACAGCAGUGUGUCUGCCUUCACUUCACUAAUGAAGUCAACAAAUUACACACACACACACACGUGUACAUUCUAAAAAUUCCCAUUCUACCAUCCCAUAAUGUCAACCUGUGUAUUCAUAAAUAUGCUGUAGCAGCGUGGCUGAGUGACAGCCCAUCACUGACACUUUUAAUCACGACCUGCUCUGUUGUAUCACAGCACACCACCCACAGGUGUGGAGGUGAAGUGCAUGUCAGUUACUCUCUUCACCUAAUUAUUCGCUGUUUACUUCAGGUCUGAAGAUACAAACUGUCUUUGUCUGGGUGGGUGGGUUUGUUUCUGUAUGUGUGUGUGUGUGCGUACGUGUGUGCGUGAUAGGACAAAGCCAGUGAUUCAUGGUCAUUAUCUCUGUGUUUAAUUUAUGUAUGUUCAUUGUGUUUGAGCUGCGUCUGCUCCUCAUUAUCCUCCAGCUUCACUCACUGCCUUUUUCCUCUCAUAUCCUGUCAGUUUAUCCUGUAAUUAAGUUUAUUGUAAUAUUUUCAGAUUAUAUGCUUAUUUAAUUAUUCUUUUUUGGGCAGGAUGGCUUGUGAAUAAAGUGUGUGUUUAAUACUUUCUUCCCAAUGUCAGUUUUGCCUUUUUAGGCAAGCUGUUUUCAAAAAACAUAAUAAUAAAAAAAAUAGUUAGUGUUUAUAUUUUUACAUGCGAUUUGGACUGAUUGGAUAUUUUAAAGAAGGUUUUCAAAUGACUUUCCCCUUCCUUAAAGCAGUUUAAUUUAAAGUUUUUACUGAUGGACAGUUGAGGGGAUUAUUAAAGUAGAGGAUUAGAGAUGGAGUUGUCAUAAUCUGAGAUUUUAACUUAAAUCUGGAUGGACAUUGACUUUCAUUAAAGACUUUGAAUAAAAGUAAAUGUUUCAACUAAGAGCUCAGAACUGUGACUUUUUAGGAAAAAGUCACAAUAUUCGAAAUUAAGUCCAAAAAAGUAGUUGUGGUUUUAAAGUAGGUUUUGACCUUACAUGCACAGUGUACUUUUUUGCUCUAAAUCUUUAAUAUUUAAAAAUUCCCACUUAAAGGAUUCAACAUCAAAGAAACAAACCUUAUAACUGCUAAAAAUUGUUUAAAAAAAAGUUAAAAGCACCUCAGACCAGGUCUUGAGAGUUUUCAGUUUUCAAAUUUUUUUUUAUAUUUUUUUUUUAACCAACAGUUAUCAUCAUCAUCUUUUUCGUUGUAAUCUCAGGCAUUGAUUGUCGACUUCAGUGUUGCUGUAGAGACUUAAAAACACUGUUGUCUUGUAAGUAAAUGAUCUGUAAACAUAGUUGUAAUCAACUUCAACUAUGCCACCAACAGCAGCAUUUACACGAGAAGACGUAACGUUCUUCUUAUUUUCUCCUUAAGGUGGAUUUAAUUCCUGUAAAAGUGUAAAAAAAAAAAAGCACUUUUACAUUGACUUUCUGGGUCAUAUAAGCAGCAGUUCAAUUAGUUAAAGCAGGAUCAUUUUUUAAUGGUGCAGUCAGGUUGUUGGUGUGAUGCGUUGUAACAUCCACUCUAACACAGGCCGCUCCUCUCUGCUCCUUUUCUGUAAAUAGACUUUUUUUUUUUCUCCCCGAGCUGCCGUGAAAUAAUAACCACAACAACAGGAACAAUUUGGUGAGGGAGAGAACAGUUGUUCUUGUCAGAGUCGUGCACCAGGCUGAGGAAUUAGCGCUGGCAGCAAGGUGCAAAUAACAAAUAAAAUAUCCCGCUCCUCUUAAACUAAUUCAUUUGCAGGGAUAAGUCCUGGUCGGGCCGCGCUGUGCAGAAAUUGGCUGAUGAUAAAAGUCGGCCCAGAAAUCCUGCAGCACAAACAUUUCUCAUCUGCAUCUCCUGCAUUAUUUGUUCAGCAGCAAACAAAGGUGUAGCAUUUGUAUGUAUGUUGCGCUGCUGCGGGCGUCGUUCACCUCUGAGUAUGUAAAGAUUGAAAUGAGCUGUAACUCAUCAGGGCUUUAGUCUGUUUUUGUUUUCUCUCUCUUUGUGAUCAAAUCCAUCCUCUUCCUUGUCAGCUGAGAUUCAAUUAGUAGAGCCCUGGGCUGCCUCACUGUAGAGGAGGUUGUUUUUAUUUUAUCUUAUUUUAUUUUAUUUUUGAACCCACUGGAGGCCACUGGAAUGUAAAUACCACAGUUAUGUCUGCAUUGGAAUGUUUUAUGUGCAGCUCAUUUUAUCUGAAAAUUAGCCUGGUGAACAUAUACAUGUUCAGCAGAGUCUCAACUGCUUACUGUCUGCUCCAAUGGUUUGUAUUCAAUAAAUCUGAUCUCUUAUGGA